GGGGGCUGGAGAGUUGCUCCGGGAAUGAGGCAGGCGAGGCUUAUGAUGGAUGGGCCCGCCCUUCCUCGGACCAGGGAGCUGCUUAGACUGACCAGGAGGGAGUGUAGAGCACUAACAGGGGCCUACACAGGACAUUGCAGGCUUAGGAGGCAUCUCUGCUUGCUAGGCAUUGGAGACGACCCGGAGUGUAGGUGGUGCAUGGAAGGGGAGGAGACCCCGUAUCAUCUGCUCACCGAGUGCCCUGCCUUGACAUGGGCAAGAUUGGGAGUCUUCGGAACGGCCCUGAUCGAUCCGGACUCAGUGCACGGUUUGACCGUCUACAACCAAGCAAAAACAUAUGCUGCCAUAUUUAACGAGGUGGUCGACUGUAGUAAAAAUAAUUACCGUCUAUGAACAGGAACAGGCACGCGACGUAAAAUUGCUCCAGCGAGAUCCUUUAUUACGUCCUGUAGAGUGUCAAUUUACAAGCCAACAGUGUUUCUCCACACGCCUUGCGCUUAAGAUUAAACGAAUGAAUUCCAAGCCGUUCAAACCGCUCGAUAUUUCAAUAUCGAGAACCAAUAGUUUGUUAAAACAAGUACAAACAUUUAGUAGCUAUUAUGUAAAAUUAUGGGGAAAGCUCUUACUGUU